UUAGUAGGAGCUGAGUAACUGCGGCGGUGUUUCCUGCUGUGAGGUGAGAUAUUCUGACUGUGACAUCGCUGAAAUCUUGAUGCUUUUAUCAGCUCUCUGGUUUCCAUCAAUCGUUAUUAUCGUGGCUGUCAUUCCGGAUACUUGAACAUCCUGAAGAUGAGCCGCAGAGGAGCAGCUGAGAGGGAGGACGACGAGGAGGACUUCUACGACUGCGAGGAGAGCCUGGAGGCUCCGAACACCACAGAUAAAGAGGAGCAGGGGAAGAAGAGCCAGAAGGACCCUUCAUGUUUAGAGGAGACCGACCCAACAGACCCAGAGGAAAAAACAGACAGAGAAGACACAGAGAGACAGCAUGAAGAGGAGGAAGAAGAUUUCCAGGACGAUUCAGACUCUGAGCUGAAAGAACAGGAGCUGUCUAGAGAGGGGGAGUUUGAUGACGAACUGAGGGAGGCGGAGAAGGAGCUGACAGAGGAGGAGAAGGAGAGUCGUCGGCAGCAGAGUGUAACACUAAAGGAAACUGGAAACAGCCUCUUUAAAGCUGGAGAGUGGAAGGAGGCGGAGCGAAGUUACACGGAGGCUCUGGCGUUGUGUCCUUUGUGUUUUAGCAGAGAGCGAGCCGUGCUGUUCUCCAACAGAGCUGCUGCCAGACUUCAUCUGGAGCUGAAGGAUGAAGCCAUCACAGAUUGCACCAGAGCGAUAGAGCUGGAUCCAGAAUACCUGCGGGCGCUGCUAAGGAGGGCAGAGCUCUAUGAGAAAACUGAGAAGCUGGAUGAAGCUCUGGAGGACUACAAGCAAGUUCUGGAGCGAGAUCCAAGCAACAGCGUCGCCAGACAGGCCUGCAUGAGGCUGCCUCCGCAGAUUCAGGAGCGAAAUGAGAAGCUGAAGGAGGAGAUGAUAGAUAAACUGAAGGACCUGGGGAACCUGGUUCUGAGGCCAUUUGGACUCUCCACCAACAACUUCCAGGUCAACCAGGACCCGACCAGCGGAUCCUACUCUAUCAACUUUGUUCAGAACCCCAACAACAACAACCACACUGGAUGAUAUGAUGUCAAUACCCCAGACUGAGGAUGAGUGACCCACUGGACUUCAGACCAAUCAGGAGCCUGCUUACUGAUGACAUCAUCUGCUGUAUGAGCCGAGAAUAAAGAGACAGGAAAUGACCUAAUCAUGUUUGUGUGACAUCAGACAGGAAACAGGGUGGGGUUUAAUGUGUUUAUUGUGAGCAGGAAAUGGAGGUGAUUGGUCAGUGCGCCCUCCUGGACAGCAGCAUCUCUCUGAUGUUGUCCUCAGCCUCCUUCACGCUGCGCUCCAGGUACACCUUCUUCUGCUGUAACACAUGCAGGGUCAAAGGUCAACCACAGCCUGGACGGAUGAAGGCUUCCAGAACCCCUGACCCGUCCAAAACAAUAAGAACAUUUCAGCUUUUAGCUCACUGAGAACAAAGUUUUUGUUUUUGUACUGUUGGUUAAGCUACAAGUGAUGAUGUCACAGCGUUGAAUGGCUUUGAUUGGCUACCUGGAGCCUCGGCUGUAGAAUAAAGACUGGUUCUGGAUUUUA